AUGAACGGCCACGACUCCUUCGAGCCGUCUUGGUUUUUCCCCAAGUCUCCCAUCUCAUCCCCGCUCUCUUGUGGCCCCGACAGUUCCAGCGGCUCCGACGACUCCCUCGAAAAUGAUUAUUGCACCAAUUUCGCCUGCUGUGGGCUCCCCCUGCCAGACUUGCAUGCGCUCCUCGACCAUUUUGAAGAACAGCAUAUCGUAGUAUUUAAUACCGAGGGCCAGCCCGUCUACCCGGGCCUGUCCCCACCCUCCGCCUCCUCCUCUCGCUCCCGCUCGCCGUCUCCCCCUUCCCUCGGCUCCAGCGUCGUCCUCAGCUACCCCCAGCCCGAUCCGCCGUCGUACAAGGACGCCCUCGACGCGCUGCUCGAGCCGCUAGAUGCGUCCUACUCGCUCGUGCAGGCCGAGUCCACCUACCGCGACGUCCUCGCCCGCCACCACUCCCCGGAGUACUCCAGCUCCUCCGCCUCGUCCCCCGUCAGGAACGAGCCCAUGUGUCUUCCCCCAGCUCUCCUCUCCGCACCGGGGGACGCGGACGCGACGUCUGGGUACACCACGCCGGAGUACGACGCGCCCGAGGCGCGCAGGAGUCUCCAGCACCGAGACGCGCUGCACGCGGGCCGGCCCCGCGCGCGCCUGCUCACCGCGAUGGAGCGCAAGGCGCGCCGCGCGGAACGCCUGUCGCCCUCCAAGCGGCGCGACCGCGAGAAGAUGUACAAGUGUCCGCAUCCAGGCUGCUUGAAGUCGUACUUGAACCCGAAUGGGUUGAAGUACCACCUUGAGAAGGGGACGUGCCUGAUUGACCCCAACUGCAUCCCCCCUCCGCCAUACGACGCCCGCGACGCGUAUCUCCCUCAGUAA